ACUCACCCGGAAGUUGUUUCUCCUCGCGCAAGGUGGAACCCGGUCACUUCCGGCCGUCGGUUCCGCUUGGUGUGCCCUCCUUUCCCUUGAGCCACGCCGCAGGUAGGAGCUGCCUCCUGCUCAGGUGAGGCUUCCGUCGGCUUGGAGAAGGCCUCCGCUUCCUCGAGGGCGCCCCCCACGGAGUCCCGUUCCUCCCCCGCAGGCGCCUCGUCCCCUUUGCGUGCUUGGCGAUGCUGCUGCGGAGCCGGCAAGGCCCGGGAGCCUCGGUGUCAAUGCUACCCCUCUUCCCGCUUCUCCUCCUCCUCCUCAGCGUGGCCUGGGCCUCGGAGAUCACCUUCGAGCUGCCGGACAACGCCAAGCAGUGCUUCUACGAGGAGAUCGCGCAGGGCACCAAGUGCACCCUGGAGUUCCAGGUGAUCACUGGAGGACACUAUGAUGUUGACUGUCGAUUGGAAGAUCCAGAUGGAGUUGUGCUUUACAAAGAGAUGAAAAAACAGUAUGAUAGUUUUACUUUUACUGCGUCCAGAAAUGGAACAUACAAGUUUUGUUUCAGCAAUGAGUUCUCUACCUUCACACACAAAACAGUGUACUUCGACUUCCAAGUUGGAGAUGAACCACCUCUAUUUCCUAGUGAAAAUAGAGUUACUGCACUUACUCAGAUGGAGUCAGCCUGUGUUUCAAUUCAUGAGGCCCUGAAGUCUGUCAUUGACUACCAGACUCAUUUUCGGUUGAGGGAAGCACAAGGCCGCAGCAGAGCAGAAGACUUAAACACUCGGGUGGCCUAUUGGUCAAUAGGAGAAGCUAUCAUCCUUCUUGUAGUUAGCAUUGGGCAGGUAUUUCUUCUCAAGAGCUUCUUCUCAGACAAAAGAACCACCACAACUCGUGUUGGAUCAUAACUCAUGUUGAGAAAAUACUUCAACCCACUAUUUGUAAAAGAGAGAGAGAGAGAGAGAGAAAAGAAAAGUGUUCUUCAUAUGUCUAGUUACAGAACAGUUAAAUGGGGAACAUUUUAAGUACCUUUGCCCUUUCCUUUCCAGUUAAAAUUGAAAAAUACAUAUUUCCCAAAAGCUGUGGGGAAAGGCAGCUUUUUUAUUUGUGUUGUUUGGAUUUUUCCUUCUGUUCAUAUCUUCUGAGACACCUAACUUAAGGUUGCUAUUUUUUAAAAAAACUAAUGAGAUUAUCUGGUAGGAACAUAGUGCUUUAAAUAAAUUCUUUAAAUGGUGGUUUUGAAAUUUUCCUGGGCGCAGUCUGGUUUCUCAAAUUUGGGAGGUGUAGGAAUAGGAAGCAAACAUUAGGUCCAAUGCCUUGUACUGCAAUGUUUUGUUUUGCUAUGAAAAUUCUAGUCAUUUUCUUACUGAACCAUUUCAGCAGUUCUUAUUUUUACAAUACCAACUUUUGGAUUAAACUAUGGAGAAAUCUAUCCUCUGUAUAUUGGCAAAAGUCUUUUUAAAUGAAAUAAAUGGGGAGAACACUUUGUAAUUCUUGAAGCUGAGUCUUUGAGCUUGUGGUGCUGCUGCUCUGAAGAACUGAAAUAUCAACUGGCUGUAACAUAAACCAUCUAAACUUUUCAGCUCUACAGUCUUUUAGUAAGAAAUUAAGUCAGUAAGACGAAGCUGAAGUACAGUGAGUUAUAUAGUUUGUUACUAUGUUAAUCUUACAGCUUCGUCAUUACCAAUGUCAGUAGCCCUAUGGGACCUCAUUGACAUAAGUUGUUUUGCAGGUUGUAAAGUAAAUAAUUGGCUUACUAAACAAUACGUCUCCAAAUACAGGACACAAUUGCAUAGUAUUUGUACAUGUAUUAACAUUUGCUUAUUUAAAUCUAGUAACUUGGAAAAUUCUUUCUGAUGGCUAUCAAACAGAAAUGUGUUGCUUUCUCCUGGUCAUUCACAUGUUUGAACAGAAGCACCAUUUGGGUAUAUUUGGAGCAACAGAUUUCUUGCCAUAUAGCAGUGGAGGGGAACCUUUAACCCUUCAGAUGUUUUAUGACUCCAUUUCCCACAAUUCUUAAUCCUUGCCCUUGCUAGAUGAUUCUGAUGGGAGUUGAAGACAAAAACAUCUGUAGGACUAAAAGUUCUUAUUUCCCACUUCGGUUGUUUGUUUAUUUUGAUGACUCCUAAUAGAAAAUGUCUUGUAUACACUUGUAGAGACGUGGGAUUGCACAGGCUACUGUACUUUGAAGUAACCAAACUGAAAUUAGUAUCACCACCAUAAUCAUAAAACACAUCUGUUUGAAAGUAAACCUUAUUAAGUAUAGCUUCUAAAUACAUAUUAUUUAAUUGGAGAAUGUGGCCUUUCAGAGACAGUGGAGCCAAUUUUUGCACUGUUUGAACAUGAAAAUACCACUAUGUUCAAAGACUUACAAUGGUAAAAAUGCAGUCUUUGGUGAACUGUUUUUUCAUUCAAAGCUGACACUUUGUGAGGCUGUUGUAGAUAAUCAGUCCUGGGAAAAUCUAUCCAUUGCACUGUGUCUUAUACUAAAGUCCUCAGCAUGAAUCUAGGCCAGGCCUGCAUACCCUGUGGCUCUCCAGGUUUUUGGGACUCCCAUCUCCCAGAAGCCUUAAGACAGCUUGUCCAGUGGUCAGGAAUUCAGGGAACUGAAGUCCAUAAGUCCUGAAGGACCAUGGGUUGUGCUGAUCUGAUUUAGGCUGUGAUAUUUAAGUGCUGGUAUGGUAUUCAAGGUAUAGAAAUACUCCCAUCACUGAGUGGCUCAGCUUUUUAAUUUGUUAGAAACCCUUGGUUCAGCUAGUUAUUCAAGUAGUUGAAAAUGUUAACUGCUUGAAUAAAAAUGUCACAUAGUGUAUUCAGCUUUUUAGAAGAUACAACAUGAAUGUGUUUUAGGGACAAAGAACAUCACUGUUGUACUGUUUAAAAUCCUGUAGAAAUAACUUGGUGUACAAUGUUAUUGUUUCCCCCAAUGGAAUUUGCGUAAAAUAAAUGUCUUGACUGUA